AUGGACCAAGCUAUGGCCGCAUCCAAGUACACCUAUGUCCAGUACUAUGACAUUCAUAAGUACAGCAAGAUCACCGAAGGAGAGCACAGUAUCCAGGAUCUUCCUCUUGUAGACUCGCUCCUCGCCAAGGGUAAGAAGUUCAAAGAAUUCUUCCAUGUAGUCAGGAAUGUCUCGGCCUCAGACUACCAGACAAUCGUGGAGACCAUGAACUCAGACCCAAACCGCAUAGGUCGCUUACCUGACAACGACACCUACACCGUGUUGAAAUUCUUUCAUUCGAAGGUCCCUGUUCCGCUGGGCCUUGCCAAGGCCUUUUGCGCCCAGGAGGUCAAAGUCUUGAACUACGCUGUUUCCGAGAACUCCGACUUGCUGAAGAAGGCCUUCCUUUAUCUCUUGUCCCGCAUACCAGGUGAGAUGUGGAUGACACAAGCUCUUGGGCAAAAAAGCAUUACCAAGGUGAAAACCAACAGCGAAGGUGACAUGAAAUGGGACCCUAGUCCUGAAGAGCUCAGGGCCGGCAUCGAGCACAUCAACAACCACGAUAGCCCCAUCUGUGGUUGGCCGCUUCAUAUUGUCGGCAAAGCGUGUGGCAACAGGGCCACCGGUAACAGCCAGUCCGAGCCGGAGUACUUCUUUCCCCUCCUCCUCCGUGAUUUGAACAGCGAGUUCCAGGCGACGGUGGUACCAAUGAUUCUGCCGACCUUGUUGAGUUUUGGCUUGAUCAUUCUUGGAAAGCCAGGCAUCGGAAAGACUCCUGCAGCGAUCAUCAUGGUCAUGGCCGUGGCUCGCUACCUGAUACAGGCCCGCAAUAUGGACGGCUACUUCCCUGGAUGGCGACGCUCCAAACAGAUCGAUGGAUUUAGAGAACGACCCGGGGAGAUUCACAUCCCUGUCAUCCUGGACGAUCCGCUCCUUCCUUCCAUCAAUGUCGAAGAUAUCAAAUCGUUCCUGGACGUGGGCGAGAAUGGUCUGGUGGAUGCACGCUAUCGCGCAGCUAAGUUUGUCAGGAAUCAGUGCCGGGUUCCUCUUAACAAUGAAUGGUCCCCUGAGAAGGAACCGGAGUAUGUUGGCCUGCCUAUGAUCACUUGGAAGCAGUUCUUGGCUAUGUUCCAGCCGGCUUUAAAUGAUGCCCCGAUGCCUCACAUCAUGGCUACUUUGAAGAGGGCUUCUGUGAUGAUUGCCGGUAACAACGCGAUCUAUGUACGGUUGGCUUCGGAACACCAAAACCAGAAGAUCCAUUGCAUCAACAACGAUGGGAUUACGGAAGAUUGGUUACAGCCAACCAACAAGCCGCAUUAUGAUCACUACAAGAAGGGACAGCACACCAAAUACCAGGACUUUGAUCGAUACGUGGAGGAAGAGACGAACUUCGUCUCUGAAUUGCUCGCCUCGCCAGAGGAGAAGGAAGGAAUACCUGCGCAGGGGUGCCACUUACGAUCGCUGGACAGAGCACAGAGCCGGAUCCCAUGA